CGAAAGCGGUUGAGAAGCGAUUUUCAGGCGGUCGCGUUUUUCGCGCGUUUCCUUGCAUCGGAAAUAGCAAGUGUGCGCCUGUGUGUGUGUGUGUGCGAGUGUGUAAAUGUGUUAAUGUGUAUUUUUUAAACAAAAUGUGCCAUUGGGAAAUGUCUCCGCAUCUAUGCAAUGCACAAAUAUAUAUAGAUAAAUAGAUUUAUUGGUUCAAAUGAUUAGGAAACAAACAACAACAGAGGAUUAUACGAGCAGCAAUUAGUUGGAUUUCUCCAUUUCCGGGAGGAAGGAAGGAAGUCGGCAACAAGUGUUGGAUCCCCAGGAGCAGAAGUCGCAAGGACUUGCGUCCAGGGUGAGGCAAUCAGGACGCGCAGCUGGCGGCUGUGAGGAGUGCCACUAGCUACACGCCACCGCUUUUCGCCAUGGUAAAUCACAAUGCGGAAACUGCGAAAACGGGCAAUGGCACAAAUGCAACAGCGAAUCUGAUUGUUAAGGCCGACGGAAAUGCAACGCAGCCGAAGGCGAUGACGUCAUCGGCGGCCAGGAUGAAUGACGCCCUUUCGGCAUCUUUGGCCGAUUUGAGCGAGCAGGAAAAUGGAACCACGGCUGAGGACAUCCACCUAAACGAUUUGUAUACCCGCUACCGCCAGAGGCUCCGCAAGUCGCUUUUCAGAUCGGGAUUGUUAACUUCGCUGCUGGCAUGUGUUGUGUCCAUAAUAAUUGGCAUCGUUUACGGCCAGCACCUGGUGCAGACCAUGCUCUUAGUCCUGGCUGCCCUAAUCUCGGGAUCCAUUCUCACGGCCCUGCAGUUCCCGGCGGUGCUGAGCUCCCCGGCAGCCGCCUUGGCCUUCGCCAUCGUCACCACCUUCUCACUGGGCACCAUUGCGGCCAUCACCGGGGACGAACUGGCUCCCCUGCCCAUGUACGCCCUCUUCCUGUGCAUCCACUCCAUGCUGCCCAUUUCGUGGCCCGUCUCCGUGGUCCUGGCUCUAUUCAUGACCGCCAUUCACAUCGUUUACCGCAUCGGCACAAGUCCCGACUACGCGCCCAAUUUGCCAAUGCUCUUCGGGGAGAUUGUGAUGUUGGCCAGCGCCUCCGUUUCCGGUCUCUACUACCGCAUCAUGUCGGACGCAGCCCACAACCGGACGGUGGACGGAACCAGGACGGGAAUCGAACAGCGCGUGAAGCUCGAGUGCGAGCGGGAGCAGCAGGAGCAAUUGCUCCUCAGCGUUAUUCCCGCCUACAUCGCCGCCGAGGUGAAACGCAGCAUCAUGCUGAAAAUGGCAGAUGCCUGUCAGAGAGCCGGAGGACAGGCGUCCACUUCGGCCACCCGGUUCCAUGAGCUCCACGUCCAGCGGCACACGAAUGUCACCAUUCUGUUCGCGGAUAUUGUCAACUUCACGCCCCUUUCAAGUUCCCUGACGGCCAGCGAUUUGGUGAAGACCCUGAACGAUCUGUUUGGACGAUUCGAUCAAAUAGCUCAGGAGAACCAAUGCCUACGGAUCAAGAUCCUGGGGGAUUGUUAUUACUGUGUGUCCGGCCUGCCCAUUUCCCGGCCCCAACAUGCAACCAACUGUGUCAACAUGGGCCUGCAGAUGAUCGAUGCCAUCAGACACGUGCGUGAGGCGACCGGCAUAAAUGUCGACAUGCGAAUUGGCAUCCACACUGGCAACGUACUCUGCGGCGUCCUUGGCCUACGCAAGUGGCAAUUUGAUGUUUGGAGCGACGACGUUACAUUGGCCAACCACAUGGAGAGCGGCGGUGUCGCUGGGCGAGUCCACAUCACGAAGCAAACUUUGGACUUCCUGGGCGACAAGUUCGAGGUGGAGCAGGGCGAGGGUGGCAAUCGAGAUGCGUAUCUGGCGGAUCACAAGGUUGAAUCGUAUCUCAUUGUGCCACCGAAACCAGCAUACACCUACAGCGUUCCACGCGUGGUGGAAUGCAUUGAGCAGAACGAUCCCAGUCCCACCACCGAGGAGACCAAGGAGAUCAAGGAGACGGAUCAAUCCCAUGAAGCCACCGAUGUCGCCGAUGUCCUUCUUCCGGUAACUGUGGCUCCACCGCCUGCAAUCGUUGACGAGAAGAUGUCACCCACCUCGAUCAAUAGCCAGGAGGCACCUUUGCAUGCCCCUCUCGCCUCAGCCGCCUCCAUGUCCAUUAAGGAGCUGUCCGAGGAGGAGGACGAGGCUGAUGAGGCCACUGCCGUCACCGAGCCGCUGAUGCACAGGGAUCAGGAUGGCAAGAAUGACAAGGAGCCGAAGGCAAAUGGUGGCCAUCGCGGCAGUGGUGAUUCCGCCGCCUCCGAGUCGGUGGCCAAGUCCGCUGCCCUUUCCCUGCCCGCCGAUGAUCUGCUCAGUAUGAGUGGGUCAGAGAGCGGCAUCUCCAACAGCGGAGCCCAGGCGCAAUCCUCGAAUCCGGCGAGUGUCACACCCACCGCAGCCGCUCCAGCCGGAGGAGCCGCCUCCAACAGCUUGACGGUGGCCGAGGCCCCGGAGAGAUCUCGUCGGAAGUUGUCCGUUCAAGGUCUGAUGUCCUUCGCCGACAGACGACGCUCCUCCGGAGCCUUCAUCGAAGGACGAAAGCUGUCCAUCCACAGCGGAGAAAGUUUCCGCAGUCAUGCGGGUCAUGUCACACGCAAUCGUCCUUCAUCGAAGAUGACCAAAUAUGUGGAGUGCUGGGGGGCAGAUCGACCCUUUGCCAAUAUUGCCGAAUCCAAGCUGGUGAAGAACAUUGGACUGGCGAGCAUCGCCAUGAUUGAAUCAAAUUUACUGCCGCCGGAGCGUAAAUGUUUCAAUUUUAAUUUCUUCGGGCCGCCCACGGAGCUGAAGCCGUUCACCAUGUGGUACCGCAAUACGCCCCGGGAGGCCAUGUACCGCGCCCAGCCGGAUACGCACUUCCGGUUCGACCUGAUAUGCGCCUUCGUCCUCUUCCUCUCGCUAGCCGUCGUCCAGCUGAUUGUAAUCGAAUUGAACCUGGCCCUCCUUGGAUCCCUCCUGGCCAGCUUCGUCUCGCUGGCCCUCUUCCUCUACCUGAGCAACAUGUCCGUGCCGGACGUGCACGCCUCCACUACGGAGCGAAAUGGUCCCGGCCAGGUGGUGGCCAGCAGUCGCUACUUACGGCUGGCCAUGUUCGUUGUGGUCAACAUUCUCAUUUCAUCUUGCGCGGUGUUUAGUGUGAUAAACUACACUGUGCCUGACGGGGUAAGCAAGGAGCCAUCAUCCAAUCAGACCAUCCUGGAGAGCAAUUUUUCGAGUGUGUUCGUAAACUCCACCCUGGAGGAUGUGCAGCUGUGGGAAAUCGAUUAUGCCAUACCCAUUGCGCCCGUAUUUCUGUAUUGCUGUGCCAUUAGUUUGGCUGCAAUUUCCGCCUUCCUGCGAUCCGGAUUUAUUCUCAAGCUGAUUGCCAUGCUGGUGGCUGUGAUCGCACAGGUGACAGUUCUUGGGUACAGUGAUCUCUUUGAGAUGUACAACGAUGCCAACAUCACACACGGCUUGCCACUUGAGAUCAAGGGCUUCCUUUUGCUUCUGGUGAUCAUCUUGGUGCUUCACACUCUGGAUCGCCAGGGUGAAUAUGUGGCUCGCACAGAUUUCCUCUGGAAGGCCAAGUUGAAGGUGGAGCAGGAGGAGGUGGAAACCAUGCGUGGCAUUAACAAGAUUCUGCUGGAGAACAUCCUGCCGGCCCACGUGGCCACCCAUUUCCUGCACCUGGAACGCUCCACGGAGCUCUACCACGAGAGCUACUCCUGCGUGGCCGUCAUGUUCGCCUCCAUUCCCAACUACAAGGAGUUCUACGAUGAGACGGAUGUGAACAAACAGGGCUUGGAGUGCCUGCGUCUGUUGAACGAAAUCAUUUGUGAUUUUGAUAAGCUUCUCUUGAAACCAAAGUUCAGUGGAAUCGAAAAGAUAAAGACUAUAGCUAGCACAUAUAUGUGUGCCUCGGGCUUGAGACCCGGCAAGGAGGACGGCGCUACGUCACGUAGCUUUGCGGACGAGAAGCGCACGGAGGAGCACAACGUGGUCAUUUUGGUGGAGUUUGCGAUUGCUUUGAUGUCCAUACUGGACUCGAUUAAUCGCGAGUCCUUCCAACGAUUCCGUCUCCGCAUCGGACUCAAUCACGGUCCGGUGAUUGCCGGCGUGAUUGGUGCCCAGAAACCUCAGUACGACAUCUGGAGCAACACGGUCAACGUGGCCUCCCGCAUGGACUCAUGUGGCGUAAUGGGACGACUUCAGACGACGGAAAACACGGCCAAGAUAUUGAUGACCGCCGGCUAUGAGUGCGAGUGCCGAGGCCUGACUUAUGUAAAGGGCAAGGGCAAUCUAGUCACCUACUUUGUAAAGACACCUUUCGAUGGGAAAUUGUAGAUCACCGAUCGUCACCCAGUUGCUGUUGAUACUAUUUAAUCUAUUUAAUGGAUAUUUAUGAACAUGUACACGUAGCCUAGGCCAAAAGUCACUUAGAAGCAUCUUCUUAUUUAUUCUUUGCGAUUAUCAUUUAGUUGUAAUGGAUUGCAAUCGCAGGCAUUUAAAGUACGUUGCUCAUCACGCGCACAGUUGAGUAUUGUUAGCAACAAUUUGUUUUUAGUUAGUUGGUAGUGUUAAAUUGUUAUUGACUAUUUCGUACGAUUUGUUAGCUAAUCUUAUGCGAAGCCAUCACUUAAACAGCGAAUAUUUAUAUUUAUAUACGAUUCGAAUUAAAUUAUGAUAGACAAUGAAAUGCAAUUUGAACAGCCCCGCCCCAAUCCAGAAACAUAUCUAUUGUCUACUAUAUAGUAUCUGCUCGUUUUCAUUCUUAUCUGAGACUCUUAAGAUCUAUUUCCCUCUCCACUGCGAACAGCAAACACUAAAAAAAAAUCAGUAUGUUUAAACUAUUCGAUUUGAUUAAACGACACUAGUUAAAUUCUGUAGGGAGAAUCAAUUAAAGCUCUAUAUAUUUUUUUACUCGGAUGUUUUUUACUACUACUAAACUAUUCACUACUUCAUCUUUUGAUAUAUUUAUGUAUAUAACUAUGUAAGAGAAAGCCACCAAAGCGAACUACUCUAUAAGAUACAUCUAUGAGUACCUAUCGCAUCCCAACAAACCACUCGAUACAAUACCUCCGAUGAAAACUCACCUGCUUAGAUGCGAUAUUAUCAACCAAACUCUCAAGAUUCAAAACUGAUUUCGAAGUAUCUGCGCUGGAGGAAUACAAUAAAUGAACGGGAUGUUUGUUAACACACUAAACACGCUGCAGUAGAUUCAUUGAACAAUAUUUGAUAUUAUCAGAAAAUUUAAUUGAUUUUGAUUAAAUGAUAAAUAAAGGAAAUCAAUAAAAUAUUAUUAUGUAUUC